CCGAUACAGGUUAUCUACAUGUGCUUCAGUGUAUUACAUCUACCUUCUGGUCGUUCAAAGCAAAGCAAUAAUUGUGCUAUUCUGUGAAUGAGUGAAGACAUUGCUGUGGUGUUCUAUAUGGAGAGCAGAAAAUGAGUGCGUUCUUUUGCAAGUUUGACGAAGGAAAACACAAGAUACUGUUUUGCUCUUCCCCGGUAACAAUACCGAAGAGCCAUUUCUGCGUGGCAUAAUUCGUGGAUUUCCAAAAAGACAACGUAUCACCCCAGACAAAUCAGAAUGUGUAAUUCAGGCUGGAGAGGACAGUGUGGAAUUUGGGCAAAUGGCGACCCUACAAGUUUCCAGGAUGAGCGUGGGAAGGGACAAAGAAAUAGACUCUUUCCACAUCUCACUAAAAGCUCACAGUCGCGAUUAUACGCCUGAGAUAGAAUUUGAUCUGGAACCAGAUAAAGUUCACUGGUACGGUGGAUCGGAGUUGUAUAUUCAGCAAUGGCCGAUGAACAACUCGCAUAUACCAGACGGACCGUAUCUGUCUAACGAUUACCUGUGUAUGCCAAAGGAUCACAAAGCCUCUGGACCCGUCUUAGAAAGGUACUGGAUCAAUUCCCGAGGAGUUGGAGUCUGCGUGGACAAUGAAGUGCCACUACACGUAAGCUGGGACGGUACUUACGGGCAAUUCAGACUGAAAGCAGACGGCUUACCGACACUGUCGCUUACUAUCUAUAAGGCGUCCAAUGUGAAAGAAGUGCAUCAAACAAUGUCCAGCAUCUGCUUCAGUAAACCACUGGGGAAACCGGACGAACGGAUGAUCAGGAGUCCCAUCUGGUCCACAUGGGCAACAUACAAAGUCAACAUCGAUCAGAAGAAAAUCUUGGACCUUGCUCAAGAUAUUCUGAGUCACGGCUUCUCCAAUAGUCAGUUAGGAAUUGAUGAUAUGUUUUCCAGUUCCUACGGAGACAUUGACUUCAGUGAAGCGAAGUUCAGUGACCCCAGGGCAAUGAUAGAUAAUCUGAAGAACCUCGGGUUCCGUGUUACUCUUUGGGUGAUGCCAUUUUCCAACCUUGAUUCCAGUGCAUUUAAGGAAGGUACAAAGAAGGGAUACUUCGUCAAGGAAACGCGUGGCGAAGCCCCAGCCUUGGUAAAAUGGUGGCAAGGUAUAGGAGCUGUUCUAGACCUCACCAAUCCUGAAGCGGUCGAGUGGUAUUCCCAGAGGCUGAGGAAAAUUCAGCAAGACUACGGUGUAGAUUCUUUCAAGUUCGAUGGUGGCGAAAUAGGUUACUUGCCCAUGAACUUCAAAACAUUCCGCCCACUGAAAAACCCUGGAGAGUACACAACUCUCUACAACAAGUUAAUCUGCAGCUUCGGAGGAAUGGUGGAAAUGCGAUCUGCCUUUAUGUCACAGGAGUUCGCCAACUUCGUCCGUGUGACAGACAAAGAUUCCUGCUGGGGCUAUGAAAACGGGCUACAGUCAUUGAUCCCAACCGUACUUACCAUUGGACUUCUUGGCUACCCUUACGUUCUUCCGGACAUGAUAGGUGGUAACGCUUACGGUGAACAUGGCGAAUUCCACUUAACUGUUCUGCCCCAGAGAGAGUUGUACAUCCGCUGGCUGGAACUGACGGCGUACCUACCCUCAAUGCAGUUUUCUGUGUUACCAUGGCAAUAUGACGAAGAGGUUGUGCAACUGGCCAGAAAGUUCGUGGACAUCCAUGAAAAUAUUGUUGCCUCUCGGAUUAUAGAGGCAAUCAAGCAAACACAUUCUGAGGGCACGCCCUUGAUUCGCCCAAUCUGGUGGCUGGCCCCGGAAGAUGAGGACGCCCUUCAGGUGGACUCGGAGUUUAUGGUGGGAGACUCCUUACUCGUAGCUCCAAUACUAGAGGAUGCUCAGCGACAGAGAAGUAUAUACUUACCAGAGGGCAAAUGGCGGGAUGAACUUCGUGGUUGUGAGCUAGACGGCAAAACCUGGCUACAAGACUACAGAAUCGAACUAGAUCAAGUGGCUACCUUUGUAAAGUUUUGA